CCUAUGAUGAGAUGGAUCCACAACUUGAUCAAACAAGUUGUUCACCUUUAAUUUCCAGAAAAAAUGAUACUCCAAAUAAUUCGCCUUAUACUAGUGCUCAUUCAAAUAAACAAGAGUCUUGCUUUCAAACUUCGAUAAGAACUCCAACUGAAAACACUUCUGUAAAUACAAAUCUACAUAAUACAGAAAACUAUGGUACUCUAAAUAAGUAA